AUGAGCACCACCGACAUCAUCAGCAAAAACAAUUGUUCCCGCUCGGUGGAGGUACGUAGCACUACCACCAAUGUUGCUAUCCCAGCCGCAGUAGAAAACAAAACCACGAAUACCGCUGCUGAUGUCUAUUCUUCUGCUGAUGUCGCUGUCGUCACUGCAACCGCCAUCAAUUGCCCCGAUGCUGAUAUUGGCAACUACGCUGAUAUUGAUAGCGCAAAUGUCACCACCACCACCAAUAUGAAAGUCACGACCAAUAUCACCGCCACCACCAAUACGACCACCACCAUCAAUGCCCCGAGUACCAACACCAUUGAUCGUACCACCAAGUCCUUUGCUCGUCGAGCUCGUGCUCUGGUUCGUGGUCGAAUUCGUUUCGGACAUGGUGAAUGUAGACCUCUGCGUAUCAAAUGCGCACGUCGUCAUAGUUAUUUGGUUCCCUCUGGGGCUAUCGUCGACGAUGCCAUGGAUAUCGAUAACCCCAUGGAUAUCGAUAAUCCUAUAGAUAUCACUGGUACGCCUGCCCCUGUAACCCCUGUGGUAUUGUCUGUUGACACAGUGCAAUCUUCGGUCUUUGUCUGUUCUCCUUUGUGUGUUGGUCCUGUUGUUGUUGAACCUUUCUCUGCGGAGACCAAUUCUGAUGGUGUGUUUGUUGGUAGCGCGUUGGAGUCAGACUCUGUGUCCACUCCUUCCUCUGUCGGUCCCUUGUUUGGUGACCCAAUGGAGAUUGAACCUGUCGCUGUUGGUUCUUUUACUGGUAAACCGUCGGUUGUUGAGUCUGUCUUCUCUCCUUGUGUUGAUCCUGUGGUGUGUGACCUGGCUGAGGUUGAUCCUGUUGCUGUUGAUUCUUCUUCUGAUGGAUCUUCGGCUCUAAAACCUGCUGUUGCUGCUUUUUCUGUGUCUCCGGGUGUGUCGUCUGCCUCUGCCCCUUUCCCUCUGCCUGUUGCUUCUGUUGGUGGAGAUGAAUCCACGUCGGUGAAGUAUGCUGAUCCAGACGAAGCGUUUUUCGCUCAAUUAGCUUUGGAACCAGAUGAAUAUUUGGACAAUUUGAACGAAGAAAUAAACUAA